ACCAUUUCUCUGUCAAGCAUAUGCAGAGGAGAUCUAAGUAUUUUUCUUACGUCUCCAUAUGGAACAUUAUCUCCACUUCUCCUGACACGACCAAUGGAUUCUAGCCAAGGAGGACUAUCAGAAUGGACAUUCAUGACAAUCUACUCAUGGGGAGAGAACCCUGCUGGUGUCUGGAGCCUGGAAGUCAGGGAUAAUCCUUUCACUGUUGGAAGCUGCCUCAGACAAAAUGUUUAUGUAGCUGGCUAUUUAACUCAGGUUACUUUGACACUCUUUGGCACUUACCAGGCAAGAUUAAUUAAACGGGAAAGAGCUGACAGAAUGAAAACCUCUGCUGUUAUGAAAAAACAGGAGCUGGGAGAUAUCUUUCAAAAUGACCAGACAAGACUUCAGAUUGUCAAAGCCUUCCUUGAUGAAAACUUAAAGAAAGUAGAUGAAAAUGAUAUACUUCCAGAUCAGGACAAUGUUAUGGCUGUGGAAGAAAGGAAUGGUGAGACAGCCCUCAGACACCAGUCUUCAAUACUGGAUGAUGUAAAUGCACUUUUAAAAGACAUAGCCCUUCGUACCCAGGAAGCAGAAGGCAGACAAUAAUGAAAAGGGAUUACAGAAAUAGAAGCAGGUUCUAGAAACAAGUUCAAAGAUGAAUGCAAAAAUGUCAGCCACGUUACUCUACAGUUUUAUUCUACUAUCUAAAUGUAAUGGUCUGACUUGAAAAAAUGUGGUAAAAUGUUUUUCUUUAUUUAUUAUUUGACACUCUCUCUCUUGUGACAAAAGAACAACUUGUAUGCCAAUUAAUGUUGUUUUAAACACUGACAUCUAAUUUCUACACACCAGUGGAUAACAUACCUUUACUACAUGGUUCAUAAAUUCCUCACUACCUCAUGUUUGAAGGGGUGAGGUCACCAUGUUAAUGACUUUCUAUAACUUAUGUCACUCUCACUAUAUCCUAUCUCAUAGUGUGCAUGUGUCUUUGUCUUGUGCAAUUAGUAGGCCAGGAAUUCCAUUAAACUUCAAAUGGUUGUUUGCCACCUCAACCUCACAUCACUAGAUGUUAUGGCUAUACAUUCCAACUUUAUUUGAAUAGACUUUUAUUUUUUAACAAAACGUGAGUGCUUAUAAUGUGACCAACAUAUAUGUGUAACAUGUUAUAUCACUUACUCACAUUAAAGUAUUUCCACCAACUGUUAUAAGUUCCUCAUUUUACUAGAGCAUAAUACAUCCCAAUUAUCUGCAUUAUAGCCUUUGAAUAUUUAGAUAAUUCUGUCAGAGAAAAGCCUGCCUAAUGCAUGGUCUUUAUUGAUACUAUAAACCUCCCUGAGUAGUGUAUGCUAUGACUGAAAUAGAAGCUCAUUUAAUUGAAUUCUGUACUUUAUAUUAUCAGUCUGAAACUGAACUGCCAUAGAGUGUCAGCACUUUGUAUUUUUAAGUCAGUACAUUAAUUAUCUUU